AUCCCGCCCCGCCCGCGCGCCGCCAGCUCGCAGCCACUCGCAGCCCAGGCUCAGUCGCAGCCCCUCGGAGUCCGGAGCCCACCGCCCCUGCGGACCGGACAGUGUGGCCGGCGGCCGGGACGGAGCCCCCAGCCCGCGAGGAGGGCGCGGCGCAGGCGGCGGCGGCGCGGCUGGGAGGAGCCCGGGCCGGAACCAGGGCCGGGCCGGGGGCGGGGACGCCGGGGUCCGGGAGCCCGGGAGCCGGAGCGAGCUGACGAGCGUCGCGGAAGGACUGGGAAGGAGGAGCGGAGCCGGAGCGAGCCAAGCAGCCCACAAAGUGCGAUGCCCCGGCGGGGUUGAGGCGCGCAGCGAUCGGCGCGGCGCGCUGGGAGGACGCCCGGGAGCUGCGCGGCGCGGGGCGGCGCGGAGGGGCAGCCCCGGCGGGCGGCGGCGGGCCCGGGCUGCGACCGGAGCGAGCCCCAUGCCCCGCGCGGGCUGACGGGCCGGAGCCCGCACGGAGCGGCCGGGCGGGACAGGUACCACUAGAGCGACAUGAUGGUGGAAUCUGCCUCGGAGACAAUCAGGUCGGCUCCAUCUGGUCAGAAUGGUGUGGGCAGCCUCUCUGGGCAAACCGAUGGCAGCAGUGGUGGGGCCACAGGGACAACUGCAAGUGGCACGGGCAGGGACAUGACCACAGGUGCAGACAGCAAUGGUGAGAUGAGCCCCGCGGAGCUGCUGCACUUUCAGCAGCAACAGGCUCUCCAGGUGGCCCGGCAGUUCCUGCUGCAGCAGGCCUCAGGCCUGAGCUCCCCAGGGAACAAUGACAGCAAACAGUCUGCCUCUGCUGUGCAGGUGCCUGUGUCGGUGGCCAUGAUGUCGCCGCAGAUGCUUACCCCGCAACAGAUGCAGCAGAUCCUGUCACCCCCGCAGCUGCAGGCCCUGCUCCAGCAGCAGCAAGCCCUCAUGCUCCAGCAGCUGCAGGAGUACUACAAGAAGCAGCAGGAGCAGCUCCACCUGCAACUCCUCACCCAGCAGCAGGCUGGGAAGCCACAGCCCAAAGAGGCGCUGGGGAACAAGCAGCUGGCCUUCCAGCAGCAGCUCCUGCAAAUGCAACAGUUGCAGCAGCAGCACCUGCUCAACCUGCAGAGGCAGGGGCUGGUCAGCCUGCAGCCCAACCAAGCCUCGGGGCCCCUCCAGACCCUUCCGCAAGCAGCUGUUUGCCCAACAGACCUGCCCCAGCUGUGGAAGGGUGAGGGUGCCCCCGGGCAGCCUGCCGAGGACAGCGUCAAGCAGGAGGGGCUGGACCUCACUGGCACGGCCGCCACCGCUACCUCGUUCGCCGCUCCCCCCAAGGUCUCACCCCCCCUCUCCCACCAUACCCUGCCCAACGGACAGCCCACUGUGCUCACAUCUCGGAGAGACAGCUCUUCCCACGAGGAGACUCCCGGCUCCCACCCCCUGUACGGACACGGAGAGUGCAAGUGGCCAGGCUGUGAGACCCUGUGUGAAGACCUGGGCCAGUUUAUCAAACACCUCAACACAGAGCAUGCCCUGGAUGACCGGAGCACAGCCCAGUGCCGGGUACAGAUGCAGGUGGUGCAGCAGCUGGAGAUCCAGCUCGCCAAGGAGAGCGAGCGGCUGCAGGCCAUGAUGGCUCACCUGCACAUGCGGCCCUCAGAACCCAAGCCCUUCAGCCAGCCACUGAACCCGGUCCCCGGCUCCUCCUCAUUCUCCAAGGUGACCGUCUCUGCAGCAGACUCGUUCCCAGAUGGUCUUGUGCAUCCCCCGACCUCGGCCGCAGCCCCUGUCACCCCCCUACGGCCCCCUGGCCUGGGCUCUGCCUCCCUGCAUGGUGGAGGCCCAGCCCGUCGGAGAAGCAGUGACAAGUUCUGCUCCCCCAUCUCCUCAGAGCUGGCCCAGAAUCAUGAGUUCUACAAGAACGCCGACGUCCGGCCCCCCUUCACCUACGCCUCCCUCAUCCGCCAGGCCAUCCUGGAAACCCCUGACAGGCAGCUGACGCUGAAUGAGAUCUAUAACUGGUUCACCAGGAUGUUCGCCUAUUUCCGCAGAAACACUGCCACCUGGAAGAAUGCCGUGCGCCACAACCUCAGCCUGCACAAGUGCUUCGUCCGCGUGGAGAAUGUCAAGGGUGCCGUGUGGACUGUGGAUGAGCGGGAGUAUCAGAAGCGGAGACCGCCAAAGAUGACAGGGAGCCCCACCCUGGUGAAGAACAUGAUCUCGGGCCUCAGCUAUGGAGCACUUAAUGCCAGCUACCAGGCCGCCCUGGCCGAGAGCAGCUUCCCCCUCCUCAACAGCCCUGGCAUGCUGAACCCUGGCUCCGCCAGCAGCCUCCUGCCCCUCAGCCACGAUGACGUGGGUGCCCCCGUGGAGCCGCUGCCCAGCAAUGGCAGCAGCAGCCCUCCUCGCCUCUCCCCACCCCAGUACAGCCACCAGGUGCACGUGAAGGAGGAGCCAGCAGAGGCGGAGGAAGACAGGCAGCCGGGGCCUCCCCUGGGUGCCCCUAACCCCAGCGCCUCGGGGCCUCCAGAAGACAGAGACCUGGAGGAGGAGCUGCCAGGAGAAGAACUGUCCUAAGGGCCUGUAGGGACCGACAGGGCUGGGGUGAGACCCCUCCCUUCCAGAAUCCAGGCCCCAUCUCCCCUCACUCCACAGCCCCUCCCGAGCCUCAAGGCAAGUCCAGGACUCAGAUGGGGGAGGCCCAGGCCAGCAGCUCCCAGUGUGACCUGACAAAAACACAUGGGGGCAGGGACAGUCCCCACCCCCAGGGACACAGCCCUGGUCUGGGACCAGUAGAGGACACGGAGGGUUCAGACCCCUCCUCAGACCCUCCCCACAUCUGAAACCGCCUCCCCCCAACCACCACCAGCAGCAGGGCCCUCCUCCCCCACCAGCUCUCCCCACAGGGCCCCUCAGCACCAUGGAGACCCGCAGGCGGGGCUUAGCCACCCUGUCAAACCCAGGGCCCCCUGGCACCUGGCUCUGGCCGUGUUUUCUGGCCAGAGGCCCCCACUUUCCUAACUCGUGCUCCCUUCCGCCUUCUUUUCCGUACUGUGAAGAAAGAACUCUCCACCCCCAGCUCCCACCCUGCCGUGGUCUGGGUGGAGGAACUGAAGUUCCAGACCAUCCCCAGAAGAAACAGCCCCCCCUGCUGCUGGGGUGGGACUGUGUGUGCCCUGUGGGGGUCCGUGUGAGCAGGCCCACCUGGCUCCAGCCCCGCCCCCAACCUGAGACAGAACCACGCUGAGCCAGGCCUUCACCCCCACCCCUGUUUGCUGGGGGCUCCUCCAGCCGCCCCCAUAGGAAGAGGCCUGGUACCGCCUCACCCACAGAGGUCUGUGCCAGGUGUGCUUCUGCAGGUGGAGCCAAGCUCCCCCUGAGACCAGAGGCAGGGCCUGGGCUGGGAGCCCAGGAGAAGGCCAGGCUGGACCCCUGCUCCACACCCACAUCCAGCCUACAGGCCUCUCUGCAGUCCUGUCACCCUCCCUCAGCUCCCCUUCCUCUGCAGUCGCCCUCAGCUCCCCUGCCCUGCCCGCCUCCCACCCCCGCCCCUCCACCUGCCCCAGUUAAACGGAUGACCAAAGACCUUUCUUAUGCCGGAAGCAAAAACCAAAACUUUUUGUUGGCUUUUUCCUUUGUCGCCUCCCCAGCACCUGCCCUCCCAGUCUCCCACCUCGGCCCCAGGCUGGAAGCCCUCCCUCCACUUAAGUUAUUGUUUUAAACCAAAGUUUACAGUGUCUGUUGGUGGCCAAGACCCUCUCUCUCCACCCCUCCUCCAUCUACCCCGAGGACCCUGGGGCUCAGUGGAGGCAGGGCCCUGCUCCCCUCCCCUCUGUUCCUGCCCAGCCUGGGGGAAGGAGAAAGGAGGGGAGGAAGCGGGUUCUCACCCUCUCGGGAGUGGGCACGGGAGCCCUCCUCCCCGACCCUGGGCUGCUUCCUGGGGGCUCUCCAGACCCCUCUCUAGGACCAAGUCACUCGUUGUGCUGGGAGUGUGGAUUCCAGCAAAAGAGCUGGAAAAAAGUGAGACUCUCCACAGACCCCCUAUGGGGGACCCCAACUCAAGGCCAAGGACUGGGUGUAUCGGAUGCUCAUAACACCCCUAGCCUGGCCCCUUUACUGAGAAGACUCCUUGGAUAUUUCCCAAGAAUCCCCCACAUACACCCCUCACAAGCCACCCCUCCUGAGAGGCAGGGGGCCCUCUGCCCCCUCCCCAUGUAUUCCCCACCUGUGUUCCGUUUGACCAGCACAGAAAUAUUAAACGUCCUCUAUUCACCGGG